CAUGUAUAUGGUAUAUGCCGUCUUGACCAAAUUGAGGACCUGAGCUUUAGAUUUAACCGCUAAAUUUCCCAAACCAGCUGGUGAUACCGUACUAGAAGAUGGACUCUGAUGUGGCCCUGUAAGAGACUGGUGCUAAAUACAAAUAUUUUGCCAAAUAGUCUGUCUUCAUAGGAAAUGGAGCCGCUGGUGGAUUCUGGCACUGAUGCUUGCCACCUGUUUCUGAACUGUUGACUUUUACCACCUUGAAGACAUUCUGAUGCAACUCUGGACAGUAGCCCACAAUGAUGCAGCAGUUCUAUUUGCCUGGUUCCUGGUGUCUCUUAAACAAAAAUCUAUCUGUCUUUUCAGGUCUGUAGGUAAAUCUCUGCUUCAUUUACCAACAUUCAAAUAGUUUCUGGCAAUGCAGCGACAGGAAGCUGAUAGUUGCUUUAAGUGUUUUACUAUUCAAAUGAUUGUACUUAUACGUUGAACUUGAAGAAGUGAGAUGUUCAGCUUGAUGUUGGAGCUUCAUCGGACAGCAUCGGGGGUUUCUGACUGAACGGCAUCAGGACAGGUCUGACGAUGAAGAGUUCAGGACCCUUCCUCGUCCUCCUCUUCCUCCUCAGCCUGAGCAGUACUGCGUCUGGGCUGGGAUCAGUGGUGCAGAGGAAUUACUUUUACAUCUCAGAGUAUCUCACCUGGAAGGACGCUCAAAGCUACUGCAGGAGCUUAACUCCCGACACUGAUUUGGCCACCAUCUUUACGCAGUCAGAUGCGAACAGCCUAAACAUGGUGGUUUAUCAUGCAUGGACGGGUCUGUACAAGAUCGAUAACUCGUACUGGGCUUGGACUACUUCUUAUGGAUUCGAUGUCAACGCAGACGAUAAUCAGUACCGGUGGGGGGAAUCCUGGACACCCAGCGACGACAACAACUGUGCUAUCGUCUAUCACAACAACCAAAAGUUUUAUGCCAGACAUUGUAAUGGAAACUACUUUUUCUUUUGUAUCGAGUACACAAUCUAUGGCACAUACAAAUACAUGUUUAUACCCCAGGCGAUGUCAUGGUCCAAGGCCAGGCAGUACUGCCAGAGUAACGGAGCCCGAGAUCUGGCAAGUUUCCCAUAUAAUUCCGACCUAUAUUCAACCGUCAUAAAUCGGGACUUUCCAGUCUGGACUGGACUGUACAGAAAAGGUAAAGACCACACAAUUUCAUCCUAUAAACUGCUUAUAUAUUCAAAUCAUAUUCAUAAGAGUGGAGAAAGGAGUUAA